UUGUUGACUGGCGUGGCAAAGGGUACUCGCCAGCACAUGUGCGAGUCCGUUGAUUGGCGGCGGUUCGACAAGCGCUACAAGAGCGCCGAGAGCCAAGACACGGACUACGUGUUCGACAUGCAGAUGGCCUUGCACCCGACCACGGCUGGCCUGCGGUACGUGGAAAAGCUCGCGUCAACGUCAGCGUUCGCUGGUGCUGUCAAGUCGACCAUCACCGACAAGGUCAUCUUCUUGACUGUGAGGCUGGCGGAGGCAGCGGCACUCCACACGGGGGAUGGAUCAACGACGCCCGCCGGGGAGGAGGCGACUACAAACAUGCAUGCCAGCCUCGGCUUGUUUGGGCCAGGGGUUGACGGGCAGAACGAGGAGCCGCAGUCUUUCAAGCAGACUGCUCGUGCCGAGCUCACCAAGCUGAGGGCUGUCCAGGGCGGCAGGCUCGCGGCCAGGUUGAGGUGCGAGGAUGUGCUCAAGUGGUGGAAGAUGUGGGCCCACGCCUACCCUCUUCUGGCUAGGGUUGCACGCGUGGUUUUCGGGGCUCCUGCAUCGGCGGCAGUGCUCGAGUGUUAUUUCAGCAAUGCUGGGCGAAUGACGACCUCCUCCAGGAGCACCAUGGACAGCACGUACGUGGAAAUGAUUAUGUUCCUGCACGGGAACCUGAACCUCAUCCCCGAGGACAUCACCAAGCUGACCGAGGUUGUUGCACGAACGAAGUUCCCCGGGCGUUUGGCGAACCCCGUCGACGGGCUGGAGCCGCUCGACGGCGCUUUCGCGCCGGUGGACCUCACCGAUGAGGAGGCGUCGGAUUAAAAGCUUGGGGCAGUAGCAUGGGGA